AUGGUAAAAUUAGCAUUUAUUAAUCCUACCCUUUCCAUAUUUUGUACUGGUCUUAGUGCAGCGGGUGUUAUUUUUCUGGUUGUUCUUGGUGCUCUUUUUGAUGCAGAAGUUGAAAGUUUAACAGAGUCUACUCACGAUCCUGAUGAUCCUCAUGCAGUGGCAAGUGCAUGUUAUUUGGCAGCUGUCAUUUAUGCUGCGUUCUUAACAACUUGUGGUUGUCAGAUUAUAAGCUUGGAAGAUGCUUUAUUCCAAUCUUUUUAUGGGGGCGAACUUCAUUUCGAGAUUUUCACUUUUUGGGAAUUGGAAUACUUAAAACCGCCCGGCAAACGUAUCAGACGGAAGUUGACCUAUUUAAGCUACGCGUAA